UUUUUUUUUUUCAAAGUAAAAAAUUAUGUCAAUUCAGGCGCAAUCUAUUGCUUCAUUCGAUACAGUUUAUAGUGCGGAUUCAGUCGAAUUUUGCCCUUUCAAUGAUCAUGCGCAAUAUUUAGCAGUAGGCACUUACCAACUCACUGAUGAACAACAAGAUAAAGUUCGAAUUCGUAAAGGCAAAACUUAUAUUUUCGACGUUACAAAGCCACUGGUUCCCAAACAGGUAAUUGAAACACCAGCCGUAUUAGACAUGAAAUGGAGCCACGCAUUAGUGAAUGACAAACAAGCGCUAGGCAUUGUAGACUCUAUUGGUGGGUUUCAUAUAUAUGGCUUUGAUGAUCAAACAUUGGUACCUGUCGAUCAUAUGCAAGCCACUGAAGACCCCACUGUACUUUGCCUGUCAUUAGAUUGGGCAAGUCGAUUGAAUAAGAAAGAUGCGCGUGUUGUGACUUCACAUUCCAAUGGACAUGUUAAUAUUUUGACACCUACUGAAACGGGGUAUACUGUUGAAAGCGAAUGGCAAGCUCAUGAGUUAGAGGCAUGGAUUGCAGCCUUUGAUUAUUGGAAUACAAACAUUAUUUAUUCAGGUGCAGAUGAUGGAUUAUUUAAGGGAUGGGAUACACGAAGCCAAACCACGACCUUUGUAUACAAACGACAUAUGAUGGGUGUUACGACGAUGCAAUCCAAUCCUCAUAAGGAACAUCAGUUAGCGACAGGAAGCUAUGAUGAAACUAUUUAUUUGUGGGAUACACGAUCAAUGCGAGCUCCUGUUCAAACUUUCCAGACACCUGGUGGAGGAAUUUGGCGUUUGAAAUGGCAUCCAACACGUGGAAAUCGAUUAUUAUCCGCAUCCAUGCAUGCAGGUGCAUUUGUAUUUGAUAUUGAUGAUGAAUAUAAAGUAGAGCUAUUGACAAGUUUUCUGGAUCACAAGUCAAUGGCCUAUGGUGCGGAUUGGUCCUUUUGUGAUUCUGAUUUAAUAGCCUCCUGUUCUUUUUAUGACCAUGUUUUACAUCUUUGGAAAACUUCAGCUUAACACAAAGACUUUGUUACAUACCUAAUCUUUUUAUAUAUAAAUAUACUGCCUUCUUCGAGAAUAAACGGAGAAAUAAUUAAUAAAGGAAGGAGAAAAGGGGGAUGGAAAAGAAAAAAAAAAGUACAAUGUAGUUAACAAUGAAGAAGGAGAGAAGAGGAGAGGAAGAAAUUGUAAAAUAAAGUAUUUAAUCAUAUGUCACGAUACUCUCUUUGUUCUGUUGUAAAU